AUGUUGAGCACACUGCGGGCUGCGCGCUCUCGCAUCGUUCUGCCGCUCCAGCGCCCUCGAACGAGCCCACUGCAGCGAAAGUACGCCUCCGUCACCGAACUCAGCAGCUUGCCUCAGCCAGGCGAUCGCCUUCACGGCUUCACCCUCAAGCGAUCAGAACAUGUCGCCGAGCUACAGCUAUCAGCGCUGCACUUCCAGCAUGACAGAACAGGCGCAGACUACCUGCACGUAGCAAGAGAUGACGAUAACAAUGUCUUUGGCAUCGGCUUCAAGACCAACCCGCCCAACGCCACUGGCGUGCCACACAUCCUCGAGCACACGACACUAUGCGGAUCGGAAAAGUACCCUGUGAGGGAUCCCUUCUUCAAGAUGAUGCCUCGUUCCCUUCAAAAUUUCAUGAAUGCCUUUACCUCGGCCGACCAUACCACCUACCCCUUUGCUACUACCAAUGCACAGGACUUCAAGAAUCUGAUGGGCGUCUACCUCGACGCGACCCUACACCCACUGCUCAAAGAGACCGACUUCGUGCAAGAAGGAUGGAGAAUUGGACCGGAGAACCCGCAGGCAGAAGCAGAGGACGACAAGGGAAGCGAUCUGGUGUUCAAGGGUGUUGUCUACAACGAGAUGAAGGGCCAGAUCUCAGACGCGAGAUACCUUUUCUACAUCCGCUUCAUGGAGCACAUCUUCCCGUCCAUCAACAACAGCGGGGGAGACCCUGCCAAAAUGCCCGACCUUACCUACGAGCAGCUGAAGACCUUCCAUGCCGAGCACUAUCAUCCAAGCAACAGCAAGAUCGUCACGUACGGCGAUCAACCUGUUGAAGACCAUCUUCGCUUCCUUGGUGAGCAGCUGGCGAGCUUCACCAGGCAAGACACGGAUGCAGAUAUCAAGACCGCCGACCUGCUUGAUGGCCCCAAGAGCGUUACCGUCAAAGGUCCCAUCGAUACCAUGACAUCGCCCGACUCGCAGUAUAAGACAUCCGUGACUUGGCUUACCUGCGACCCCAACGACAAUGACGAGGGCACUGGACUAAGCAUUGCCCUGGACCUACUCCUUGAUGGCUAUGGCUCACCAUUGUAUCGUGCUCUGAUCGAGUCUGGCCUUGGCAGCGACUUCUCGCCCAAUACUGGUCUUCUCACACAAGGUCGAAGAGGCAUCUUCUCUGUGGGUCUGAGUGGUGUCAAGGAAGAGAACGUGCCCAAGGUUAAGGAAGCCAUAUUCGAGGCCAUUCGAGAUGCGAUUGCGCAAGGCUUCGACGAGAAGAAAGUGGACGGCUUUCUGCACCAGAUGGAGCUUAGUCUGAAACAUAAAAAAGCAAACUUUGGUCUAGGCGCGGUGCAACGACUGAUCCGGAAGUGGUUCAAUGGCGCAGACCCAUACGAAGAACUCGCCAUAAAGAAAGCCCUUGACACAUUCAAGGCAAACUAUGCUCAGCCUGGUUAUCUCGAGGGUCUGCUCAAGAAGUAUCUCCUGGUCGACAAUACCUUCUCAUUCACCAUGACGCCGAGCACGACGUAUGCUGCUGAGCUCGCCGAAGAGGAAGCCACUCGACUCAAGACCAAGAUCUCAGAGGCGGUCAAAUCCUAUCCAAAUGAGCAAGAAGCAUACAAGCAGCUGCGUGAAAGGGAACUUGCUCUGGUCAAGGAGCAAGAUGCUGGCCGAACAGCGUCGCUUGACAGCCUGCCCACGCUCAGGGUCACAGACAUCCCGCGCGAGAAGCCGGAAAUUCAGGUGAGAGAUGGCACAGUUGAUGGCGUCAAAGUGCAGUUCAGAGAAACCGCGACCAAUGGCCUGACGUAUUUCCGCGCGCUGGCACUUUUCAAGGACCUACCUGAUGAGCUUCGUAUGCUGGUACCUCUCUUCACAGACAGCAUAAUGCGAAUCGGCACCAAGGACAAGACUAUGGAAGAAAUUGAGACUUUGCUCAAGCUGAAGACAGGUGGCAUGAGCUUUGGGCACCACCUUACUAGCUCUGCGUAUGACACCCAAAAGGUCGAAGAAGGGUUAUCAAUCUCCGGCUCUGCCUUUGAUGGCAACAUACCAGCUCUGUACGAGCUGAUCCAGACGGUCUUGCUUGAGACCGACUUCGACUCACCUCAAGCAGCGAAAAUGAUUAAGCAACUUCUACAGACCGAUGCCAGCGGUGCGGUUGAUGGCAUUGCAUCGAGUGGUCACGCCUACGCGAUGAAGUAUGCCGAAUCAGGAUUGUCGCCUUCGCUGAGAAUGGCAGAGCAGUCUGGCGGCUUGACCCAAGUGAAGCUCAUCACAGCUCUUGCAGCAGCAGAAGACAAUACCGAGGCGAUGAACGAGCUCAUUUCAAAAUUGAAGACAAUCCAAUCCCUCGUGGUCGCAAACAUGCGUGCUGGAUCAAUGCGUGUGGCACUCACCUGCGGUGCAGACGCCGCCUCCGCCAACGGAUCCGCCGUACAAAAGUUCCUAACCACCACCAGCAAAUACAACCUCCCAACCCCAGCAUCCAUCGCCACUGGCCAUAGUCCCCACGACCUCAGCACCCACCAAAAAACCCUCUUCAACCUCCCCUACCAAGUCUCCUACUCCGCCAUCGCAAUCCCCACAGGCCCUUAUUCCGACCCCUCCACCGCGCCCAUCGCCAUCCUCGCCAAACUCCUCACACACAAACACCUCCACCCGGAAAUCCGCGAGAAGGGCGGCGCCUAUGGCGCCGGCGCGUACAGUAAGAGUACCAACGGCACCUUUGGGAUGUACUCCUACCGCGACCCGAACCCGACGAAUACUCUCCGAAUAUACCAGGAAGCAGCGCAGUGGGCGGCUGAACAGGAGUAUUCGGAGCGUGAGAUGGAGGAGGCGAAGCUUUCGGUUUUUCAGGGUAUGGAUGCGCCGAGGAGUAUUACGAGUGAGGGGAUGGAUAGGUUUUUGGUGGGGAUUGAUCAUGAACUUCAGCAGAAGAGGAGGCAGUGGUUGUUGGAUGUUAAUGCUGCUGAUGUUAGAGAGGCUGCGCAGAGGGUUGCGAAGGCGGUUGAGGAGAGGGGGAGGGUGGUUGUGUUGGGGGAUGCGGGGAAGCAAUCGUUCCACAAGGAAGAUGGGUGGAAGGUUGAGGAUAUGGGGUUGGCGAAGGAGCAGCCUGGGGAAGUGGUUGGGGAGGUGAAGGCGAAGUUGUAG